AUGCGAGAACUCCCUCCUCUGCAGCUCGACGGCAUCGAAGCCGAGAUGGAUAAUGACAACACACGGCCUGACACUUCGAAGAGCUCAGACGAGCCUAACCAGUCUUCGUUUCGGCCUCUCUCAAAGAAGCAGAAGCAACAUCGGGUUAGAUAUCGCUUUCUUACUCCCUCUGAAUGGGCCAUCGUUGCUCAUGGAAUCGGCGGUGUCAAUGAUACUGAAGGCCACAUUGCCCUUCAUCCUUCCUGCUGGUAUUAUCCGCCCAAAGGUAUCCCUAAUGGACUGUACCGAGAUGUCAUCUGGCAUCGGACCAAGUAUUUCUACAUGUACCAUGGCAUGAGCUCCAUUCGAUGGGUUGCCUACAUUCUUCAGAUCAUUCUCGGAGCAAUCCUUACCGCAAUCGGUUCCAUGUCUUUCAAGAACGGCACUCCCAUCACCAUAAUUGCGGCUACGAACACUAUCAAUGCUGGAAUACUCGCACUUUUGCACAACAGCGGACUGCCUGACCGUUACCGCUCCGACCAGGCGGAAUUCGACGAGGUCGAAGACCACCUCAAACAGAUUCUUGACACUGGUAUUGUCCCGGAGAACAUGUCUGUUGACCAGGCUCUCAUCCAUUGCUUCAGUCUCUACCACGAGGCUAAGAAGACCGUAGCGGCAAACAUUCCGGCAACGUACACCCCCAGCUCGGUUCUCGGAGCUGGUCAGCAGGUUGGUCGAACAACACCCAACGCAGCUAGUGGCGUCAUUGCAACCAGACUCUCGGUGGCAUCACCAAAAAGGAAUGAGGGACAGGCCAUUGAGGAGAAAUGA